GAGCGGGGGAGGAGCAUGAGUAUAAAACAGCCACAUGUGGCUCAGAGGCUCAGUGUCAACGCUCAGCUUGCCUCCAAUAUGAAGCUUUACCUUCAGUCCGUCUGUCAGGUCACCUUCCUGAGCCUCUGCUGCGUUCUGAUUGCAGUGAGAGAGUCAGACAGCACGUUUGUCCCGGGAAGAUGCUUGUGCCCACAUAUACAACCAGGCGUCAGAGGGCAACUGAAAGAGCUCACAGUCUACCAAAAGAGCCCAAGCUGCAGCAAAAUCACAGUCAUAGUGACACUGAAGAGUAACAACGAGCAAGUGUGUCUGAAUCCAGAGGCGCCGAUGGGCCAACAGCUUAUUCGCUGCUGGAAUAGAACUCAUAAAAUGGGUCGUGAUGUGAAACUGUGCCUGAAGAGGAGGAGAGGGAGAGGGAGAGGGAGAGGAGGUCAGCGCCAGCGGUCUCGACAGAGGAGCCGCGGCCAUAACGUGAAAGCCUGAUCCUCAAACUCCCAAUAAUCAACCAUCCUGCCAAAUGAAAUAAAGCUACUGCGUGGCGAGAAGUGGGCACACACGGAGAAACCAAACGCCAAACUGUUGGACUCUUAACUCCAGGCCACCAGCUGCUGUUAAACAGAAACAGCACACUACCACUUCUACAAUUGUCUCACAGCUCAGACAACAAGUUCCCCUGAAUUGCUGCCUGGGCUGUAAAUCAAACUGAUCUUCUAGGCCAGAAGCAGGGGGCUGUUUUUUUUUUGAGCAAAUGACUGAUGUAAUGUUAAAAAUUAAGCCCUGGAGGCUUGUCAGAAAUGUUAAACUUUAGCUUUAAAACACUAUCAAAUGGUCAGUAUAUUGUUUAUGUGUAGUUCUGUGUAUGCACCUGUAAAAGCUAACUGAACACUUUGUCGGUUAUUUAUUUUUAUAUGAACAUGGGAAUUUUUUUUGUGACAUUGUGUCUUUUUUUUUUGUAAUAAAUAUAUCUGA